CCUUUAAGAGCGGCGGGACCGGCAGAGCCUCCGCCUCUCUGUCCGAGGAGCGCCGGGCGGUCACCUGGGGCUGUCGGACAGCCAGAUCUUGCUGUGGUACUGGCGCGCUUGCCUGAGGAGUUGGGAGACAGACCCCGUCGCGAGGUGCUGCGGAACGGUCUCCCAGCGGCUCUCUGCUGCGGAAGAUGCAGGAGCGCAUCUGGGCGUUGCUGCUGCUGCUGCUGCUGCUACCGCCGCCGCUGUGUGGCGGCCCCCCGGACAGCCCGCGCCAGGAACUAGAGCCUGAGCGCGGGCCUCUGCAGCCCUUCGACCUGCUCUACGCCAGCGGCGUGGCUGCCUAUUACAACGGGGACUACGAGCAAGCGGUGCGCGACUUGGAAUCGGCGCUGCUCAGCCACCGGCGCCUGCGGGAAGUCCGCACGCGCUGUGCCCGCCACUGCGCCGUGCGCCGCCCUCUCGUGCCCCCCGGUGCCGGCCCCGGGGCUGAGCUGCCCUUCUUUCGCGCCUUGCUGGAGCGGGCGCGCUGCUACCGCAGCUGUGAGACCCAGCGCCUCGGGGGACCCGCGUCCCGACACCGCGUCAGCGAGGAUGUGCGCAGCGACUUUCAGCGCAGAGUGCCCUACAACUACCUGCAGCGGGCCUACAUCAAGCUUAACCAGUUGCAAAAAGCAGUGGAAGCUGCUCACACUUUCUUCAUGGCCAAUCCCGAGCACAUGGAAAUGCAACAGAACAUUGAGAAUUACAGAAUGAUGGCUGGUGUGGAAGAGUUCCAGCUGAUAGACCGAGAAGCCAAACCUCACCUUGAGAGCUACAGUGCAGGCGUUAAACACUAUGAGGCUGAUGAUUUUGAAGUGGCUAUCAAGUACUUUGAACGAGCUUUACGAGAAUAUUUCAGUGAAGAUGCGGAGUGCAGAACUUUAUGCGAAGGGCCUCAGAGAUUUGAAGAGUAUGAGUACUUAGGGCAUAAAGGGGGUCUUUAUGAAACUAUUGCAGAUCACUACAUGCAGGUGCUGGUUUGCCAGCAUGAGUGUGUGAGGGAGCUUGCCACCCGCCCUGGCCGCCUCUCGCCCAUUGAGAACUUCCUUCCUCUGCAUUAUGACUACCUACAGUUUGCCUACUACCGAGUUGGUGAGUAUGUGAAGGCCUUGGAGUGUGCCAAGGCCUACCUCCUGUUCCACCCAGAUGAUGAGGAUGUCCAAGACAAUGUGGAUUACUAUGAGAGUCUAUUAGAUGACAGCAUUGACCCAGAAUCCAUUGAGGCCAGAGAGGACUUAAUUAUGUUUGUGAAACGACAUAAACUUGAAUCUGAACUGAUAAAAUCAGCUGCAGAGGGACUGGGAUUUUCAUACACUGAACCAAAUUAUUGGAUCAGAUAUGGAGGACGACAGGAUGAGAAUAGGGUCCCUUCAGGAGUGAAUGUAGAGGGGGCAGAAGUUCAUGGAUUAUCAAUGGGGAAAAAGUCAUCGCCCAAGAUAGAUCGAGAUCUAAGAGAAGGUGGCCCUCUGCUCUAUGAGAACAUCACUUUCGUCUACAACUCAGAGCAGCUGAACGGGACCCAGAGGGUUCUCCUGGAUAAUGUCCUAUCAGAGGAGCAGUGCCGGGAGCUCCACAGCGUGGCCAGUGGAAUCAUGCUUGUUGGUGAUGGCUACAGAGGAAAAACUUCACCCCAUACGCCCAAUGAAAAGUUUGAAGGUGCAACUGUCCUGAAAGCGCUCAAAUUUGGUUAUGAGGGCCGAGUCCCACUGAAGAGUGCACGUCUGUUUUAUGACAUCAGUGAGAAGGCUCGAAAGAUUGUAGAGUCCUAUUUCAUGCUGAAUUCAACCCUUUAUUUUUCCUAUACACACAUGGUUUGCCGAACAGCCCUGUCUGGUCAACAGGAUAGAAGAAAUGACCUCAGUCAUCCCAUCCAUGCUGAUAACUGCCUGUUGGAUCCAGAAGCCAACGAAUGCUGGAAGGAGCCUCCUGCUUACACUUUCCGGGACUAUAGUGCUCUCCUGUAUAUGAAUGACGACUUCGAAGGAGGAGAAUUCAUAUUCACUGAAAUGGAUGCUAAGACUGUGACUGCCUCUAUAAAACCAAAGUGUGGGCGUAUGAUCAGCUUCUCAUCUGGAGGAGAGAACCCACAUGGGGUGAAGGCAGUCACCAAAGGACAGAGGUGUGCUGUGGCUCUGUGGUUCACCUUGAACCCACUUUAUAGAGAAUUGGAACGAAUAAAGGCCGAUGAAGUGAUUGCAAUCCUGGAUCAGGAGCAGCAAGGAAAGCAUGAACUGAACAUUAACCCCAAAGAUGAGCUAUAAAAACAAGAAAGAAAGUUCUAUCAAAUAUUUAUUUAAAUUGUUAAUCUUAAAAGAACCUUUUUAUUUUUGUACAGAGCCAUGGUAUAAAUUAACAGGUUAAUAUGAGUCAUUAGAUCUCCCUUCUGUUCCUUAGGGUGCUAGCUUUGCUUCACUUCUGUCUUUCUUGGUUUUUCUU